AUGGUUAUCGCCAACACGCAGACAAAACUUAAACGUCCUGAACCACAACAACAAAGCUUAUCAAAAGUCGUUAAUACAUUGCAGACGAAGUUAGGGACACAUUUGACAAUGAUUCAAUCAGCAUUAACCGCAACAGAAUUCCGUCUUAAUCAAACAAUGAUUGAAAAUAUUAACAAAUAUGAAAUGCUGACAAAGGCAAUUGAAUCCCGUCUUAAUCAAACAAUGAUUGAAAUAGAAAAUCGUCUAAUAUCUAAGAUAGAAGAAAUUAUUCCUGAGAUUCCAGCCAAGGCAGAAUGGGCACAGUAUGGUGUCACUGUUGCCGGUGGUACCGAGAGGGGUAAUGCCACCAAUCAACUCGGAACCCCUCGUGGUCUCUUUGUUGAUGACGAUCAAACGAUAGUCAUUGCUGACUCCUCGAAUAAUCGUAUCGUCCAAUGGAAGGUAGAUGAUACGAAUGGACAAAUCGUAGCUGGUGGCAAUGGCCAUGGAACUCGAUUGGAUCAAAUGAAAUAUCCAGUUGAUGUGCUAAUCGACAAAGAGACGGAUAGUCUCAUUAUUUGCGAUCAAGAUAAUCGACGAGUUGUACGAUGGUCCCGUCGUAAUGAUACCAAACAAGGAGAAAUCCUCAUCGGCAACAUCGAUUGUUAUGGAUUGGCUAUCGAUGACCAGAAGCAUCUAUUUGUCUCAGACUAUGACAAAGAUGAAGUUAAACGAUAUCAAAUAGGAGAUAAGAAUGGAACUCUUGUAGCUGGUGGAAAUGGAGAAGGUAAUGGUCUCAAUCAACUUAAAGAGCCGACCUACAUCUUUGUCGAUCAACAACAAACUCUCUACGUGUCUGAUCGCGGUAAUCAUCGUGUGAUGAAAUGGAAUAAAGGUGCCACAGAAGGAAUAGUCAUUGCUGGAGGCCAAGGCUCAGGGAGUGCUCUGACUCAAUUGAAUUGGCCCCAAGGACUCUUCGUCGACACAUUAGGUACCGUCUAUGUCACAAACUAUAUGAAUGAUCGGGUGGUGCGUUGGCCUAAAGGAGCCGAGCAAGGCACUGUUAUUCUGGGUGGCAAUGGUAAUGGAAAAAGAGCAAAUCAGUUUGAUGGUCCCAUUGGUUUGGCAUUCGAUCGUCAUGGCAACCUGUAUAUUUCUGAUUCUUCUAAUAAUCGUGUUCAACGUUUUUCUAUUCAAUAA